CAUUCGUCUUCUCAUUCUCACUCUCUCACUCAAACAGAUUCUUUCUCUCUCUUUUCACAGCAAAGGGUUGGGUUGGGUCCUGCAUUAUCGGAGCAAAUCGCCGGAAAUUCUCCGUCCACGGGAACGAAAAUGGCGAUGAUUCUUGCGAGGAAGCUGUUGCAACGGCGAUCGCCGCAGCUGCUUCGUUGGCAGAGUAGCUUCCCUCAGGCAGCGGUCAAAAACGACGUUGCAUCCAGAGCCGCCGCCGAAUUGGAGCUUCCACCGUUUGACUACGCUCCUCCGCCGUACUCCGGUCCUUCUGGUGACGAAAUACUGGCGAAGCGGAGGGAGUAUCUGAGCCCUUCACUGUUUCAUUUUUACAAGAAUCCCGUGAGUCCGCGAUACACCAUCAUUUUCUCUAUGUUAAUUGAUAUAUUUAAUAUUUUAUUCGGGGGAAUUGCUACGGUGUGCUGCGGGCACUGCCACCCCGAUGUGGUCGACGCCAUCAUCAACCAAACCAAACGGUUGCAACACUCUACUGUGCUCUACCUUAACCACGCCAUCGCCGAUUUUGCCCAAGCUCUCGCUUCCAAACUCCCCGGUAACCUUAAGGUGGUGUUUUUCACAAAUUCUGGAACUGAAGCAAACGAAUUAGCGAUAAUGAUAGCAAGGUUGUACACUGGGUGCCAUGACAUAAUAUCUUUAAGGAAUGCCUAUCAUGGGAAUGCAGCUGGGACCAUGGGUGCCACUGCACAAAGCAUCUGGAAAUUUAAUGUAGUUCAGAGUGGUGUUCAUCAUGUAGUGAAUCCAGAUCCAUACAGAGGUAUCUUUGGUUCUGACGGAGAAAAAUAUGCAAGAGAUGUCCAAGAUGUCAUUAACUUUGGAACUUCUGGAAAUGUUGCAGCGUUCAUAUCUGAAGCAAUACAGGGAGUUGGGGGUAUUGUGGAAUUGGCUCCUGGUUACUUGCCUGCUGCUUACAGUAUGGUUAAGAAAGCUGGAGGGCUUUGUAUUGCCGAUGAAGUUCAGGCUGGCUUUGCUCGCAUCGGCAGCCAUUUCUGGGGAUUUGAGUCUCAUGGUGUUGUUCCUGACAUAGUCACAAUGGCCAAGGGCAUUGGAAAUGGCAUUCCCCUUGGUGCUGUUGUAACUACUCCAGAGAUCGCCGAGGUCUUGACGCGCCGAUGUUACUUCAACACCUUUGGUGGGAACCCUGUAUGUACUGCUGCAGGGUUGGCAGUUCUGAAAGUAAUAGAGAAAGAGAAGCUUCAACAAAAUGCUCUUCUUGUUGGAUCUUACUUGAAGGAGAGGUUAACUGCACUCAAAGAUAAAUAUGAAUUGAUUGGUGAUGUGAGAGGAAGAGGUCUCAUGCUAGGAGUUGAACUUGUCGCCGAUCGAGAACUUAAAACUCCUGCAAAAGCCGAAACACUACAUGUAAUGGACCAAAUAAAAGAAUUAGGAGUGCUAAUUGGAAAGGGUGGUUACUAUGGAAAUGUCUUCAGAAUCACACCACCUCUCUGUUUCACCAAAGAAGAUGCAGACUUCCUCGCAGACGCAAUGGACUUGACCCUGUCUAGAAUGUAAAGCAUAGCUACGUGGAUUAUGAUAUUGUCAAUAAUAAGUUGCUACUUCAUCAACUGGAAAUGUAUUAUAUCAUCUUCAUAGAGAUGAAAUCACAGAUAGCAACUUUAGACCUGCAAUAUGAAGACUAUGAUCUUAGAAAUAUGAAAUAUGUGUAGAUAUAUAAUCAUUUAUAUUGUCUCUUCCUAUCAAGUUAAGGUUUUAGGUAAAAUAGUUUUAUAACAUCGAAUUAAAAUAUUAUUUCAUCCUAUAAGUUUAAACUUUUUAGAAAAGUGAUUUUAUAAUAACAAGAGUCAAUAUCUCAUUGUCUCUAGUUUAACAAUGAUGUUUUCGUCCUGUGUUAUUUUAUUUCAUUGAGUGUUAUUUUAAUUUCAGGCGAUUCUGCAAAUCAUGAUCUUAGUAUAUUC